GACGGCAGCACUGCAAGAGUGAGCAAAAUUCACAUAUGAAAUAGCAAAAUAUUUUACAAUCAACUCAUGAUCCUAUGUUCUACGUGCUAACUUUAAGUUUUAUUAAUUUUGUUCCGUUUUUUUAAAACAAAUGUGGCUAGGCUACUAUUGUAUUAUGACCACUAGCCUGUGUAAUAUGCCUCUUCAAAUCAGAGGGAAAAUGUGAAGACCACUGAAGAAAUGGAUUCACUUGAUGCCCAAAGGAAAUACCUAGUGACCUGCUCGGAGUCCCUUAUACUAAGCCAUGGGCAGGGACCAGGUUUGGACCUAGUGGAGAAAGAGACUGACCCUCAACAGGUUGUUAUGGUCAAUCUGAGCUGCUUACUGCUGAAAAACCUGGAUAAUGUGGGAAGCUGCAGGUCACUAAGAGUAUGCAUCUUGGCAGACAAUUUUAUAUCCACGAUAGAUGCUCUCAUCGCAUGUGUGCAUAUAGUGAAGUUGGAUCUUAAAGGAAAUCAGAUAACCCAACUCCCCGGCGUAGUGUUCUGGGACAGCCUGAGACGACUCCAGCUGCUCCAUCUCCAUGACAACAACAUUGGGACUAGAAAGAACAUUGAGGGGUUGUCAGGCUGUCCUAACCUCACAGCAUUGACCCUCUACGACACACCGCUCAGCCUAAAGGGAAACUACAGACACUGCAUCAUCAACAGCAUCUGGUCACUGAAGGCUCUGGAUAACUUUGUGGUCUCUGACGAGGAGAUCAUUGAAAACUGGAUCCUCCCUCUGCAUUUCAAAAGCCUCUGUCAUCAUUUUUACUUGAACCUCUAUCCAGCAGCUAAGAUGGGGCCUUAUCAGAGUGAAAUGAGAGCAAUCCAUAAGAUUAUAUCAGAGGUCAAUAGGAUCCAGUCCGUUUAUUCUCCAACGUUGAUCAUCCAACGAUGGAUCAGGGGACAUCUGACCAGAAAAAGGCUUGGACUUGUCCCUGCUGUGCCGAGACAGGAGAGGUUCAGCAUCAGAGUCCAUCUGUCCCCCAUCCCCUCUGUGGAGACAGACAGUCAACAGACCCAGGGAGAGACAUGGGUCAAAGAGUGCACAGCUAAACAGCACCUGCAGAGGCACGAGGAACAAGAUGCAAAAAUCAAGAGAUUGUAUGUCAAUCUGAAGAAAUUGGUGCAGGCUGGUAGCCCAGAGGUUAUACAAGAGGUGGUGACAAGCCAGGCGUCUUUAGAGGCCAAGAAACAGAAAGACAUCAGUCCUCUGCAUAACACCCCUCAGAACAGUAAGACCAUGAGGUCCAACAGAGCCAAGCACAGUGAGACGGAAAGAAACUUCACUGCUGCAGAGGAGUUCUAUGAAGAGAAGCUUGGGAAAAUGUGUUUCCGCCUCAUCGGCUUCAAGGCUCUGGUCCACCAGGUCGAGCCUGUCAGCAACAUGCUCAUCUCCCGGCAACAGGGGGGACGGGACAUCCGCAACGCCAUCCGCCUGUUCCACACACAGCGUCCCGAGCCACCCAAGCGGCCCCAACCUCGACCACCCCUGAUCAAUGCCGAGAAGCGUCUGCUGGGUCGCUGCCUUGGCUCCAUCAGCCUAGCCCCCUUCCAGGUGAUCCAGCGGGCCUACCGGAUGAGGGAGCAGGCCGAGGCCCUGCAGAGGAGGGCCAAGCAGGUGGCCCAUUCCCAGGCUCGGAGGGAGGGCGCCCAGGGCCAGCGCCACGGCCUCCUGGAGGCCCGUAGGGAGGUAGUGCUCCAGGUGAGAGAGAAGGAGCAGGAGGAGGUGGAGGGGGCCCUGGCCCUGCUGAGAGCUAGCCGGGACAGGGAGGUGCAGGAGGUCAGGCAGAGACACGCUGUGUUCCUGGAGGAGAAGAGAAGGCGUGCAUCGGAACGGGCCAUGGUUGUCGCCUUCAGCAGGCAGCAUGCCUUCCUGUCCAAGACGGUCAACAGGCAUGCUGUGCGGCAGAGGCAGAGUCACACCCAGCAGGAGAGGAGUGUCAUGGUUGCCAGCAGCAGGCAGCAGUCCCGGAUUCAGAGGGAACUCAUAAUGGGAUGCAUAGAGGACAGGCAACAGUCUCUAAAGGAGCAGGCCAUUACAUCCAGAGUGAACAGAGACACUUAUCUGGCCACAAAGCACACCAACCAACUCCUCCGAGCCCAGGAGAGAGUGGCCAGUGUGAAGGCCAGCCAUGCCAAGAUGGAGGUCCUGCAUCCUGUACCGGUCAACCAGACUGCCUGAUCACCACUUCUGGUCCCCCUGUAUCCCUCCACCAUGCUUCACAAAUGUUUAAUGCUAUGAACUGUUUUUUGGGGGGCUAUUUGUUUAUCUUUAAUUCUGUUUAUGAAACCACAAGGAGUAAAGAAUGUGAGGAUUCUGGGAAGAUGAACAAGAGAGGUCAAACCAAGGUCUAUAGUGUUUAUUGUUUGAGUGAAAUCACAGAAAUUCAUUCACCUCAUGAUGUCUACUCAUGUUGAAAUACUUGGCCAUUGUCCACAUCUGUUUUUUGUUUUGUUUUUUUAAAGCUAACCAUUUGUCUCUUGAGAUUAGUCUCUCAAAUUAAAAUUACAGUUCAUGUACA